AUGUGGGAUUCUAAAUAUUGUUCUUAUUAAGCUAUUCUAACUAUUGGAUUAUUAUAAAGUGCAACAAUAGUAGGAUCAUUUAAAAAAGAUAUGUACUCUUUAUGAAGAGUUUUUAGAACUAAUAAGGCCAUUCCAGAGCGACCUAUUACUAUAAUUCAUACUUUUAAUAAGAAUAUUAUGAUUCUGACUGGAGGUAAAGAUGGUUAACAAAAGGUGGGAUCACAAUCUUAAAAAGAUUAGAGCAUUAAAUUUAUCCAAUUAGAUGGAUAUUCUAUUAAAUUUUAUUAAAAUUACAGCUUUGUAUAUAGAUAAAUUUCUAUUUUAGGAGUUUAGAUUUUGGAAUUGAAAAUUAGUGAAUUGGUUGGUGGAUGUGGCAAGGGUACUGUUUAAUUAAUGAAACCUUAAAAAUUAAUACAACUUAUAGGAUUUCAAAGAUAGAUAUAGUGA